AUGACCACAGACUUCGCCUCUCUCGGGGUCAAACCAUGGCUUGUCACAUCUCUCGGGGCCAUGGCGAUAAAGCGCCCGACGCCCAUUCAAGCAGCUUGUAUUCCUGAAAUCCUCAAAGGGAAAAAUUGUAUUGGUGGAUCGCGUACAGGUUCCGGAAAAACAGUAGCCUUUGCAGUUCCAAUCCUUCAAAUGUGGGCUCAAGACCCGUUCGGUGUCUUUGCGCUCAUCCUCACGCCUACGAGAGAACUAGCGCUCCAACUAGCCGAACAAUUCACCGCCCUCGGUUCCCCCCAAAACCUCAAACUCAGUCUCAUAAUCGGCGGCGUCGACAUGCGCACCCAAGCAAUCUCCCUCUCUCAAAAGCCACACGUCGUAAUCGCCACCCCUGGCCGACUAGCAGACCACAUCCGAUCUUCGGGCGCCGACACAAUCGCCGGUUUACGUCGCGUAAGAGUCGUGGUGAUGGACGAAGCAGAUCGAUUACUCGAUGAAGGAUUCGCAGAGGAACUGGUAGAAUGUUUAAGCGUCGUUCCCGACCAAUUUGGGGACAAAACCAAGGGAAUACCCGCUAGACAGACUUUAUUGUUUACAGCUACUGUAACGGAAAGUGUUAGAGCUUUGAAGGAAGGUGAAGGUCGUGCUAGGGAGAAAGGUGGGAGGGAGGUAUUCAUCAGUGAGAUCGAUACUGAUUCUCUCGCCGUGCCACCAACAUUACACCAAACCUAUAUAUUUAAACCGUCGACAGUUCAUCUGGCUUUCUUGCAUACUUUACUUUCCACACCGGGGAAUAUCAAAAAAUCGACGAUAAUAUUUACGAAUAAAAAGACUACGGCGCAGUUACUUUCUCAUACGUUAAAGCCGUUGGGGCACAGAGUUACGCCAUUGCAUUCUGACUUAUCGCAACGAGAACGGACGGAUUCGUUGGGGAGAUUUAGAGCUGGUGCUGCGAGGAUACUUAUUGCUACGGAUGUGGCGGGUAGAGGUCUUGAUAUUCCUGAAGUGGAGUUGGUGAUAAAUUUUGAUGUUCCAAGGGAUCCGGAUGAUUAUAUUCAUAGGAUCGGAAGAACAGCUAGAGCUGGGAAGAAAGGUGAAAGUUUGACAUUUGUGGAUGAGAAGGAUGUGCUAUUGAUUAAGGCUAUUGAAGAAAGGGUUGGGAGGGAGAUGGUGGAGUAUAAGGAGGAGGAAGGUGUUAGUUUGGAAGGGAGAGUGGUAAGGGAGGAGUUGAAGAAGGUCAGUGAGGCGAAGAGGGUGGCGAUGUUGAAUAUUGAAGAAGGCAGAGAUGAGAAGGGAAGGAAGAAAGGAGGGAAGAGACGACUGGAGACUGGCGAGGAGGGCAGGGGGAAGAGGGUGCGGUAG